AUGUAUGGAAUGGAUCUCAACCCCAAAUGGCUGCAAAUUCUCCAACCAUUACUCUACUCCUAUCCCUCUUCCUAGCCCUCAUUGGAACCUCCCAUGGUGGUGGCAUAGCCAUCUACUGGGGCCAAAACGGAAACGAAGGAACCCUGGACGAAACCUGCGCCACUGGUAGAUAUUCCUACGUUAACAUAGCCUUCCUUAUCAAAUUUGGCAAUGGCCAAACCCCUGAACUCAACUUGGCUGGCCAUUGCGACCCGGCAUCCAAUGGCUGCGCCACAGUAAGCAAUGGCAUCAGAAGUUGCCAAAGUCGAGGAAUCAAAGUGAUGCUUUCGAUCGGAGGUGGUGCCGGCACCUACUCUCUAUCUUCCUCGGCGGACGCAAAGAACGUGGCAGAUUACCUCUGGAACAACUACUUGGGCGGACAAUCGUCGUCUCGUCCUUUAGGUGAUGCCGUUUUGGAUGGUAUAGAUUUCGAUAUCGAGUUGGGAUCAACUGGGUACUAUGACGACCUGGCUCGCUACCUCUCCGCCUAUAGCAGCCAAGGAAGAAAGGUAUAUUUAACAGCAGCCCCUCAAUGUCCAUUUCCGGACAAUUUCUUGGGAACUGCCCUUAACACUGGACUCUUCGACUACGUUUGGGUCCAAUUCUACAACAAUCAACCAUGCCAGUAUAGUUCGGGUAACAUCAACAACAUUGUUAGUUCAUGGAACCAGUGGACAUCAUCAAUAAAUGCAGGGAAGAUAUUUUUAGGGUUGCCGGCGUCACCAGAAGCGGCUGGAAGUGGGUAUAUUCCCCCGAAUGUGCUGACUACACAGAUAAUUCCGGUGAUAAAUAAGUCAGCUAAGUACGGUGGGGUUAUGCUAUGGUCCAAGUACUACGAUGAUAAGAAUGGAUAUAGUGCUUCCAUUGUGAACAGUGUAUGAGGAAGUGGGACGCUAGAUAAUUUGGUUGAGUGUACCUUUCCAAUAAUAAUGAAAUAAAUUGAUGGCAUCCUA